GUAUGUCGACUGUCGUAAAAGUAAGUGGUGCAGUGAUGGACAGCAGCGCUCAGGCUCUACAAUCUAUGGGUUCCGGACACAGCGGACUGUCACAGUGCAGAGUCGACAAGAUUUAGGAAGAAAUAACUAGCUACCCAGACAUUCUGAACAACAUGGACGGCUCUGGAGACGAGUUUAUGAUGUACCGUUCACCGCUGGUGUCACGGUAUGCCAGCAAAGAAAUGGCCUACAACUUCAGUGACAGAAAGAAAUUCACGACCUGGAGGAAGCUUUGGAUCUACCUGGCCAAAGCUGAAAAGGCCCUGGGCCUGCCCAUCACCGAUGCCCAGGUGGCAGAGAUGGAGAGCCACAGGGAGGACAUCGACUUCGCCAUGGCGGCGGAUGAGGAGCGCAAGCUGAGGCAUGAUGUCAUGGCCCACGUGCACACAUUCGCCCACUGCUGCCCCUCCGCCGCACCCAUCAUCCACCUGGGCGCCACCUCCUGCUAUGUUGGGGACAACACGGAUUUGAUCAUGCUGCGUGAUGGCUUUGACAUUCUGCUGCCCAAGCUGGCCCGUGUGGCAGACAGGCUGGUGAACUUUGCUGAGAAGUAUGCUGACCUCCCAACUCUGGGCUUCACACACUACCAACCAGCGCAGUUAACCACGGUGGGCAAGCGGGCGUGUCUGUGGCUCCAGGAUCUGGCCAUGGACAUGAGGAACCUUCAGCGUGCCCGCGACGACCUGCGUUUCCGGGGGGUCAAAGGAACCACAGGCACACAGGCUAGCUUCCUGCAGCUCUUCCAGGGGGACCAUGAGAAGGUGGAGGAGCUGGACAGGAUGGUCACAGAGAUGGCCGGCUUCAAAAAAGCCUACCUAGUUACGGGGCAGACGUACAGCCGGAAGGUGGACGUUGACUCUCUGGCCUGCCUGGCCAGCCUGGGGGCCUCAGUCCACAAGAUCUGCACCGACAUCCGCCUGCUGGCUAACCUGAAGGAGAUAGAGGAGCCCUUUGAGAAAGAGCAGAUUGGGUCCAGUGCCAUGCCUUACAAGAGGAACCCGAUGCGGGCGGAGCGCUGCUGUAGUCUGGCUCGCCACCUGAUGGCGCUGAUCUCUGACCCCCUGCAGACUGCUGCCGUCCAGUGGCUGGAGAGGACAUUGGACGACAGUGCCAACAGGAGGAUCUCUCUCCCUGAGUCCUUCCUGACCGCUGACAUCAUCCUCAGCACUCUGCAGAACAUCACAGAGGGCCUGGUGGUUUACCCCAAGGUGAUCGAGAGACACAUCCGUCAUGAGCUUCCCUUCAUGGCUACAGAGAACCUCAUCAUGGCCAUGGUGAAAGCUGGAGGCAACAGACAGGACUGCCAUGAGAAGAUCCGGGUUCUGUCACAGCAGGCGGCUGCUGUGGUCAAGCAGGAGGGCGGGGACAACGACCUCCUGGCCAGGGUCCAGGCCGACCCCUACUUCACCCCCAUCCUGGCCCAGCUGGACUCCCUCCUGGACCCCACCACCUUCAUCGGCCGUGCCCCACAGCAGGUGAGACACUUCCUGGACGAGGAGGUCCGUCCCCUGCUGGGGCCCUACAGGGCCAAGAUGGACGUCCAGAUAGAGCUGGAGCUCUGAGCCACGCCCACUCAGAGACACUCCUCGUGUGAUUGCUCUGUUAGACGCCCACACAGAUGACUGCGUUAGUGUCAUGUUCUCAGUCACACCCUAGUGAUUAGUGGCACAUGGUAAAAACUGUCCUUUUA